ACGAGUACGGUUUAGUGCGAGUUGGCGAAUAACAGCAAUUUAACGCUGCGUGUUGCAGUAUCCGUUGAAGUUAAAUAUUGUACGUUUGUCGGCUUUAUUUUUUGUUGUUUUUCGGAAAGUAGUGUGCUUACGUAUUUCUGACGUUUUGCUAUUGUUUUGACCAGUUUACAAGCGAAUCCCGGCGCAUAAAAUUAGGCAUCGCAUUACUUACGCCCCUCUUCAAUUCGCAGUUGUAGCCGUUUGUGGGGUGUUCUGCUCGGCUAAUUGGCAGCAAGCGCACUUAACAAUAUUGUUUAUUAUACAUUUUUGCUGUUACUGUGUGUUGGUAUUGUAUUUUAUACUUCUGUGUUCUAAUUGUUCUUGAUUUUGAGUGCAUUUUUCGUUGUCGUGAACGAACAUUCAGUUGUUGUGAAUUGCAACUAAGGUGUCAGAAGAAAAUCUUAAAAAUGUGAAAUAUGAGCCGAACAUUGUGGCGAAUCGCGUAAAAGUCUAAACCUGUCAAAUCAACAACAUAAAACAAAAAAAAAAAGAAAUAAAUAAAUAUUAUACUAACAAUAAGAAGCUAACGUCAGCAACCUGAUUAAAAUACAUAUGUACAUAUACAUACAUAUAUACAGAUGCAUCAACCAACGAUUUUCUCGUGAAUGAUUUUCUCAAUUGGCAUUGGUGUAGUGCGCUUAUAAGUAACGAUACUGCCUAUUUGUGUUGUUGCCGGCGAUCGACAGUGCUUUCAUACAUGCAUACAUAUGUACAUGCAUGCGUACAUACAUAUGUACACAGUUGAUUGAAGGAAUUGCACGGCAACGAUUUUCCCUCCCGGUGAAAAUAUUGCUGCUGCAGCUUGAACGCGCGCUGUUGUUGUCUUCUCUCAGCGCUACUAUAGUAUGUGUGUACACGAUCGAGAUGUUUGCUGCUGUGUCUUACUACUUAGUACAAUAAGUAACUGAUGUUAUUGUUAUUGUGCUGCUACUGUUACCGGAUUACAAUGUGCGCGCUGAAGUAGAAAGUUGCCGUCAACCGCAUUGUUGCUGACUUUUUUUCUAAUUUUCGCGUUUCUUUAUGCUUGUGUUAUUAAUUUAUAUUUCAUACCUGAAUUUAUGUUUAUUAAAAACACUUAAUGCUCUUAAAGAAAAGCAAUACGCAUUCUACUCAUACUUUGACCACACCACCACAAUUAAAAAGAGAAAUAAAAAAGUAUUGUGUGUUGUUUAUGAAGAAUUCUAUAAUACUAUUUUUUGUGCGUUGAAAAAAAAGGAAUCGUUUGAAUUUGAAAAAAAUUUCACGGCAUUAAGAGCAAUAAAUAUAUUUGUAAAUAUAACAGUAAAAAAAUUUUGGCAAAAGAGUGAGUUUCAUGUGAAAAUUGCUUCUGCAAUAAAACUUUGUCAAUAGUUUUGAAAGAGCAACAUUUGAAGAAAUAAGCAACAAAAUGUCGGAUAUUUAUUAUUGCAGUAACAGUAAGAGUAAACAGAAAUCAAGUGCUGAUACCAAGUGCAGCUCCGCGGAAAAGUCUACGAAAUCAAGCAGUGGCAAUGCCGCAAACAACAGUAAUAACAAUAAUAAUAAUAUUAGUAGUCGAGAAAAUAACAACGUUUGCGGCAAACACACAUCGAUUGGAAAAACAAAUUGGAAUGCUAAGGGCAUUCAAUGCAAUCCGAAUGGUCAUCGCGAUUCAACCGGAAAUAGUUUAAAUGUGCAAGCGCAACCGCAAAAGGUCUUUCACAAUGCGCGUUGCGCGCGCCACCACAAACCACAUCACAACCACAGCCACAACACCAGCAAUAAUGGCAAUAGCAACAGCAACAGCAAUGGCAACAUCAACAGCAACAGCAAUAACAACAACAUUAGUAGUAACGGGCUGGCGAAUGGUGCGACGGCAAAUGGCCUUACCGAUUUGUGCCACCAUCAAUUGGGCACUCCACCCGCGCAUGGGCAUGGACACAAUCACACACACACCAAUGGCGUUGGACAUCGACGUAAAUCGGAAUCAGUCCUAUCCACAGACUCGGAUAUACGUUUCACACGCCGUAAGCUGGGCGAUAGUCAAAAGUGCGGCUGUGCAGUGAUAGCAGGUUUUCUAGUCGCCCUCCUAGUGGCCAGCGCAUUCGUUUAUGUGGGAUAUACAUACUUCCGCCCUGAACCAUUGCCGGAUCGGACGUUUCGCGGCAAGUUUUUAGUGAUGAAUGACAAGUGGUCCAUGGAAUUGGCGGAUCAGAAUUCCUUGCGAUUUAAUCACAAAGCACGAGAUUUCCGAGAACGCCUAAAUUUGAUAGUAAAGCGCUCUGAUUUACGUGAAGCUUACGAGGGCAGCGAGAUACUGGCAUUGGAUGGUACGGAGGACUUUAAUGAGAUUGUCGUCCAUUUUAAUCUUAUCUUCGACCCAUAUGCUGGUCUCGUAUCGACCGCCGACCUGUUAGCGCUCUUCGCAGAAGAGAUAAACUCACCGCACCGCAAAUACUUUGCCAAUAUGACCGUUGACCCGCAAAGUUUAACCAUCAAAGAAGUUACAGGCCUAAUUGAGGAACCCAUUAUGUCCUCUUCACCACUUGGCGGCGAAGAUGAGACCACCGAGAUCAUUACUACCACACCUAAGCCGCCGCGUCGUUGUGAACCGCUAAAAUUGAACUACUGCCGCUCGAUCGGUUAUAACAUUACAACCUAUCCGAAUCUAUUGGGUCAUCAUUCGUUUGAAGAAGUGCAAGCCGAUGUGAUCGCUUUUCGUGAAUUAGUCGAUGCGGAGUGUUUUCGUGAAGCUUUCGACUUCGUUUGCCGCCUAUUGCAGCCACCUUGUGACACGCAUGGCUCUUUCGAGCCCACGCCAGGUGUUAUGUGUCGCGAAUAUUGCCAGCUCUUCAUGAAGGGCUGCGGUAGUCGGCUGCCUGCGCGCUUCAAGCAAUUUUUCGAUUGCGAAACAUUCCCAGAAUCGACGGGCUUACAAAGUUGCCAUCACAAGCCGCAUUGCGCGCACGAUUUGCAGAACAAUGCACAAAGCCCACGACUCUGUGAUGGUUUCGUGGAUUGCCCAGAUUUCUCAGAUGAACGCACUUGUACUUUCUGCACGGGAAACGCGCUGUAUUGUGGUAGAGGACGCGCUUGUGUGGCACGGAAAGCGCGUUGUGAUGGAAAAGCAGACUGCCCGGAUGGGUCUGAUGAAAAGGACUGCCUUGCUAUAGCACCUUUGGCCGCAGAUCUUUUGAAGCCCGAGCCGAUGGUACCCUACUUGCCACGCUUCCAUUCUGAAGGUUUUGCUGUAUUCUCCGAAAAGGGAGUUGUAGGGAAAUUAUGCGCAGAGGGUCUGGAGGAUGAUAGCAAAUUGAUAGUGCGGCAAACUGUGGCAGAGUCCCUCUGCAAAUCACUUGGCUAUGAAUCUGUGGAUAUAUUUGAAGUGCGCAAUGAUACCGAGCUUGUGGAAGAUUACGUGCGCGUACUGGAUCCACAUGCACCGGAAAUCUCCUUCAUACGCACCCAUUGCCAGAAGCGUCAGGUGCUUUAUGUGGGCUGCGGUGAAUUGCAGUGUGGUGUGCAGUCGGUAUUAUCGCCUAAACAAUAUUUAUCGCUGCCAAAAAUGUCCUCACCUGGUGACUGGCCGUGGUUGGUGGCGCUCUAUCGCGAGGAUAUACAUGUUUGUGAUGGAACACUGAUCUCGCGCGAUUGGGUACUCACCACUGAGUCCUGUUUUCAGGGCCAACCACGCGCCACUUGGAUGGCCAUAUUUGGCGCAGUGCGCCUCUCAUCGAAUGCACCGUGGACACAGCGUCGUCGAAUUAUUGGUUUAAUAAAAAGUCCGGUGGAAGGCUCUACAGCAGCGCUGAUACGCCUUGAGACACCAGUCAACUUCUCCGAUCACGUACGACCCAUAUGCCUGCCUGAUGAGCUUCACCGCAAACAGGAGCAACAAGCGAAACGUCGUGCUUUUGUCCCAAAAGCUGAGCGUCUAGAGGGCAAACAACAAAUGCCGACAGUGCCGCCAACGAUUAGCGCUGUCCAACGACGUCUAGCAGAAUCACAAAAAUUCUUCGUUUCGCCAGCGGUGGAACAGGAUCAAGCUGAUACUUCUAGAAUAAACACCAGCGCGGAAAAUAGAGAAGAAAACGCACGUUUUGAUUUUGAUCACUCUGAAGCGGCGGCGUCACAAAUGCCACAUGCCGAAGCGCUGACACAAACAAUGGAACAAAAAUUCAACGAGUAUCCAUUGCCAAAGAGUGCGCCACAAGUGCAUUAUUAUGAUGGUGCUGCGUCUUCAACUGGUCGGUAUGCGCCUGUGCGUGUUGGGCCGGGUGGCAUCGUUGCAGUUGCUGGGCGCACACCAUUGGGUGGUGCAGCUAGUAAGAUACCGCCUGCGCCGCCAAAAGUUGAGGAAAUUUGGACAAAUUGCAAUACGUUGGGCUGGUCAAGGCAGCGAGAUCAUCUGCAGCGGGUGCAGUUGAAAAUUGGUGAUAUGGCACCUUGUGAGAACAUAUCCAUAGCGACCGUGAACAGUAUGUGCACCGAGGCGACCUACCAGAAGCACGAUUGCACGCAAGAGGAAUUUUCUGGUGCGCCAGUGCAAUGUCUCAUUCCGGGCACAAAUCAAUGGGCUCUACUGGGCGUGUCAUCGUGGCGCAUAGCUUGUGGACCGAGUGGCGUAGAGCGGCCAAGAAUGUAUGACAAAAUCACCUCGAAUGCGGCAUGGAUACGGGAAAUUUUAAGUGCCGCGUAAAAAUGCUCAAUUUCGGAGGUACCUGCAGCAGUAGCAGUAGCAGCAGAGAGUGUUAUUAAUGUUAAUGUUAACAUUCUCUGGCAGCAGUACACUUAAGCGACAAGAACAAGAAUCAAUUGAAAUGUAGUUCAAGAUAACAUGAAGCUAAAUAAUUACAUUUAAUACUUACUCGACAAAAAGUACUUAUUCGUAAACGUUUUUUAUUUCGAAUGUUAAUCAAUUUUUUAAUUUCACAUUUUGUAUGUUUGUAUACUCAAAUACUUAAGUACAGUAUAAUUAGUUGUGUAAAAAUUAAGUUUGCGUGUAUGUAUGUGUGUGUGGCAAGAAAUUUUGCAAAUACUUUCCAAUAUUAAAAAUUUUACAAGAAUAUUCUCAAAUCAAAACUUUAUGGGAAUGUAAAUAUCUAAAUGCAUUUGUGUGUGUGAGUGCUUGUGGAAUGUAAUGCAUUUAAAUUAAUAUUAAAUUGGUGUUUUUUUUGUUUUUACAUUCGUUUUAAACUAAUAAGUAUCAUAUUUUUAACUCAUUAAUUUAAACAAAAAACAAAAAACAUUUUACAUUACUUUUUAACUGUUAGUUUACAUAGGUGUUAAGUGCCGACAUCCGUAUGUCUUAAUUAUUUUCAUGUUAAUUAUCCACUCUUGUAAAUUUCCUAAAUAUUAAAAUCAUGUAUUUAUGUACCACAGAAAAUUAUACAAAUGUACUUAUUCUUUUUGUAAAAUGUGUAGCAUAUCAUUGUAAUUUUUUUUUAAUAAAAGUUGUUUUGUUAUA